UUCUAUAGCACACUGCGUUUUGACACACUGAGUGUCAAAACCAAGAAGCAACAUGUGCACCAUAGGAGAUUGGGAGCGAACCCCACAGAGCGAUCAGCAGACAAAGAACACAGAAAAAUUCCAUCGCUGAAAUACGUGGCAACCAAAAUGGCCCAACCUCUUUUGAUGCACAUACGACGAAGUCAAGGUACUAGGAAUCAAAAGGAGCACAAGGAACGACCAAACAAAGCUCAAAUGCGGAUACCCGAAGAAAGAAAGCGAUCAACCUCAGAACAAGUUGCAGCCGUUUAUGAUCCUCGAGGA